UUAAAGAAUAAAUGCAUUACUCUUCAAUAACUCUAAUUCACAUAUCUGUUACACAGCUGCUUAUUGUGAAAUCACUCAAUUUGGUGUUGUGUAAAAUAGCAUUUUGGAUUACUCCGUGUGUGAAUGUUUAACUGAGUAGCAGGUGACACCUAGUACGGUAGCCUGGGCAAUUAGUGUGUUAAUGGGUGAAAGUGACAAGUAGUGUAAAAGCGCUUUGAGUAGUUGGAAGACUAGAAGGGUGCUAUGUAGGUGCAAGUCCAUUUACUAAUUAGGUCAUUUUGCAAAUACCUAGGAAAAUAAGCUCUUUAACCCUUUGAAACCUGAGCAAAUUGGCUUGAUUUUCUACAAGAACAUGGGAAUAAGGCAUUAAGCAACAGAAGAAGAAAUAACCCCCCAAAAUUGCAAGAAAUUAGUAAAAAGAGAAAAAUAAAAACAAACAAAUAAACAAGGAGAUGCCGUGGGAAAAUUGCGUAAAAAUCAUUUAAAAAAUAAUACCAUAAUUUUAAAUAUCUAAUAAUAAUAAUUAAAAAUAUAGUGUUUCCUUAGUAAAACUGGUUUCCCUGUUUUCCCAACAUUUCUUACCAAAUUGCUCAUUGCCUUCUUUUCCCAUGUUUUUGAAAGAAAUUGCACCAAUUUGCUCAGGGUUCAAAAGUUAAAUACUUGCAAAAGGCAACUGAAAGCAGCACAGGAAAAGUUAUGUCACUCCAGCUUUCAAAGGGUUAAAGAUAUGAUGUAACUUUUCCACAUUAAAAUGUCAAAAAAAAAGCUAGACCAAUGAUGUAAUUGUGUACUUCCAUUAUUUCAAAUGUUUCCAACAAUGUUCAAACUGAGAGAAAUCUGUAAUUUGAAUUGGUCUGUGUCAUUUGAUCUCCAUCGCCUGUCAGUGGCGUCAUAUCCCCUUUGCACAUGGGACAGGGUUGUGGCUGUCUGUAAGAUGCUGUCAUAAACAGACUUUUUAUCUACUUUUAAGCCUCAUUUUAGGAUGUACUUUUUAGAUAUUGGUCAUUUUUAACUAUAUCUAUUAACCAGAUAAAGGAUUUCAAGUCACUGGACAUCUGGAUCUUAAGUUAUCAGAGAAACAAGUUGAGCAAACGUUACUGUGUAUUGUAAUCAUUAAAUCAGCCAAAUCUGGCAGCUGUAUGCAUCCAAAUUAGUAUAUACUCCCAGUUUACCUUGGUGUGAUGGCCUUUACAUCAUAUGUGCAUUGUAAUGGCACAUAGCAAUAAUGUUAGAGUAUCUGAAAUGUUCAGAGUUGUUACUGUAAGUUGUUGGUCAGUGAUGAAUGAAGGUAAGCGAUGAGAAUGAAAGAGCAGACAGAUUAGGAGUAAGCUCUCUGAAAUACCUGCUCUGUUGAGACUGGGAGGAAAAAGAGAAGAUGAGGAUGUUAGAUUGUAGACCCAUGGUUUAGUAUAUGGACUGCCUCAGUGAAAAUAUUCAUCAGUAUUCUGCUCAAGACUCCAAAUGCAAUCUUAUUAUCUAUUCACAUGCUACAAAAAACACAUGUAAAUGCCGAACCAAACAGGUCUUUGUUCUCCAUUUUCUCACAACGUUUAUUAGAGGAACCUCAAUUAACUACUAUGACAGUUUGUUAAAGGUGUCUCGAUCUUUGCAGUACAUUUUCUGCUUUCUUUUGAGUCUUUUACUGUGUCUUACCAUUUAAUGCACAGUCAAAGAACCCAUUGGUCCACUGUUAGAGACUACAGAACACCAUGAAUAAAUAUAGAGGUCUACAAAGCCUCUUAGGACAGAGCCCGCUUACGAUUCCCUUUCCGUGCACAGCAUCCCUGAAUAGUCCACACAAAGAUCCUUAAGCCAAAAUCCCUCCCUGGUAUUUAAUUCUAAAUUAGUAAUUACUGGGUGUGUCAGUGUGUCUUAGGUUUGCAGGUAGGUUGGGUGAAGGAGCUCAUUUGUGCGCUGGCUUUGGAGCGAAUUGCACUCUCACACAGACACACUCAUUCUGAAAGACGCUGAGGGUAUCCGUGGGGAGCCACUGAAGAACCCAGUCACUUAGGGGGAACAGACCACAUACAGGCGCCAAGAUGUGUGACAUGGGGGGACUGGAUAACCUGGUGGCCAACACGGCCUACCUAAAAGCCCAGGGCGGAGAUGACAAGGAGAUGAAAAAGCGCCGUCGAAGCUUGUCUCUCCCCAAGCCGGAGCAAUGUGCUUCAGUACGAGCGUCCAUUGACAAGGACUUUACGUCGCUUUGUGAAAAGCAGCCUAUUGGCAAAAAGUUUUUCCGUGACUUCCUGGCAAAUACUGCUGAGUUUAAGCUUGCCGCUGAUUUCCUGGAUGACCUGUUGGACUGGGAUCUGGCUGAAAAUGCAGCAAAAGAGAAGGCACGCAAACACAUGAUGACAACAUAUUGCAAGGCCGACUCCAAGAGUUUCCUGGCCUUUCUCUCUGGAGAGCCGGCUGAAAAACUCAAGUCUGUGACGGAUGCCAACUUUUCAGAGGUGAUGAAAGGCAAAGUCCAGGACGGUGUAAGAGAAUUUCUUCAAGGCAAACCCUUCACAGAUUACCAGACCAGCCCUAACUUUGAUAAAUUCCUCCAGUGGAAAGAGUAUGAGAAACAGCCUAUCAGUGACAAAUACUUCUAUGAGUUUAGAACUCUUGGCAAAGGAGGUUUCGGGGAGGUGUGCGCUGUUCAGGUGAAGAACACAGGGCAGAUGUACGCCUGCAAGAAAUUGUGUAAAAAGCGACUGAAGAAGAAGGGUGGAGAGAAGAUGGCCCUGCUGGAGAAGAAGAUCUUGGAGAAGGUUAACAGCUUGUUUCUGGUCAACUUGGCCUACGCUUAUGACACCAAGACCCACCUGUGCCUUGUUAUGACCCUGAUGAACGGAGGAGACCUCAGGUACCACAUUUACAACAUGGGCUACGAUGGCAAGGGCGUGGACAAGGGCAUUGAGAUGAAGCGCAUCAUCCACUACACGGCGCAGAUCACCACUGGCAUUCUGCAUCUGCAUGAGAUGGAUAUCGUAUACCGUGACAUGAAGCCGGAAAAUGUGUUGCUGGAUAGCCAGGGCCAAUGCCGACUUUCAGAUUUGGGUCUGGCCAUAGAGCUUCCUGCAGGGAAAACCGUCACCCAGAUGGCUGGUACCGGAGCAUACAUGGCCCCUGAGAUCCUGAGCAAAACUCCGUACAGGACAUCAGUGGACUGGUGGGCCCUGGGCUGCAGUAUCUAUGAGAUGGUGGCCGGUUACACGCCUUUCAAAGGCCCCGAGAGCAAGAAGGAGAAGGUGGAGAAGGAGGAGGUGCAGCGCCGCAUUCUCAACGAGGAACCUAAGUGGGAGCACAGGUGCUUUGAUGCUGCCACCAAGGACAUCAUCCAGCAGUUCCUGAAGAAGAAAAUUGAAGAGCGCCUGGGCAUGAAAAACAACAUGGAGGAUCCCAGGAAGCACGAGUGGUUCAAGACCAUCAACUUCCCCCGUCUGGAGGCCGGGCUGGUGGAUCCUCCAUGGGUGCCCAAGCCCAACGUCGUCUACGCCAAGGACACCGACGAUAUCGCUGAGUUUUCCGAGAUUAAGGGCAUCGAGUUUGACGCCAAUGACAAUAAAUUCUUCAAGGAGUUUAGCACAGGCGCUGUGCCCAUUCAAUGGCAGCACGAGAUGAUUGACACUGGACUAUUCGAUGAGCUCAACGAUCCCAACAGGAAAGAGGGCGGCGGAGAUCCUGACGACGAGAAGAAAUCCGGCACGUGCAUUUUACUGUGAGAAGCCACACGUUUGAUAUACCAUUGAUAACCCUCCAUGAUUUGUUUCAGUCAGACUGAUCCUCGAUGUAAAAGAUGAAUCAGGAAAGAGGUGAGCAUGAUCGUCUUGUUGAGAAACAUGUAUCAUCCCUUCUCUUUUAAGGAUGUCCAAGGUUUAGAGAUACACAGCUUUGGAGGCAAGGUUUGGUGAAAUAUGGAGGAUGUGAUGAUGAAAUUUGAACAUCAUCUCUCUGGUUCUCAGCUUCUUUUGCAAAUAUCUAACAAUGUAGACUUGCAACUACAGCUAGGAGUAAUUUAUACAACCUUCUCAUUGAAGAUACUACAGUUAGAUUAGUUAGUCGAAGGCCUUUGUGCCAUGAUUACUAUAUUACUUAAAGAGACUGAUUCUAACAGUGUUUGCAGUAGUAUUACCUGCUGCAUUCAACAUUGAGCUUUAAACAAAUUGGAACAAAACACGUGGAAAUAAUGGAUUAUGUAAAAGUUACAGCAUUACUAUGCCCUUUAUUGAUGCCAUCAUACAGUCACAAUGUUUCUACAGUGCAAUUGUGGCAGAGAUAGAUCUAGUGUCUAAUAUUACAUGUUAUGAUCCUAAAUUUCAUCAGUAAGGAUGAUCACUGUAUUUAUAUCCAGUUGGUUUUCCUUCUGCCCUGACACAUUAGUUUUAUAAAAACUAUAAAAAGUGAUUGUAUGUAUUGUAAAUAACGAAGUAUAUCUAUAUCUAUGCACAAUGAGAGAGAGGCUAAGAUGUAAGUCAUCUGAAAUUUAGGAUUUAUUUUAAAGAAAAUGAUACAGUUCACUGAGUCCCUCUACUGUUGGUGCUAUGAGGCUCAACUUAGUGAGAAAUGGAGACGGUUUAGUCCUGGGAUGCUGGGAGAAAGAUGAGUGCAGGAAGUCAAUCGCUGCAUACGAAGGAAGAAAACUUUAGAGGAGCUGGACAAUAAAUUCCUGGACCAGGAACAUGCAGGUUGCCCUGUCCACGGCCAUGAAACGCUGUGACACUUCAGGGCUGUUCUCUUAGUUUGAGAUGAGUGUGAAUCACUCAAACUAGACCUGAAACACACUCCACUGUUGUGGUUGUUAAGCUGAGUAGAGAGACUUGGGUUAGUUCAAAAGAGAAUCCUUGUUAUUCUUGUUUACGUGUCUCAGGGUAAUUAAUGCUUAAUUUUUUGAAUUUUCAGAUCUUGGACAGAGUUGAGUUUUUACGUUAAUGUUAAUAAGAUAUAAAUAUAUAUAUAUAUGAUACAUGUACUUGUAAAUAUAAGAUGAAAGGAAUUGCUAUUGUA